CAGCUGGAUAAAACUCUGUGAGGAAGAUUUUACAGUAGAUCACGGUCUAUAGUUGUAUUUAAAUAUUCAGAUUUAAUCCAACACAUCAAGAUGAAGACAUUUGUGUUGUUCUCACUGAGUGUUGCAGUGACUCUGGCGAUGCCUCCAUUUGCUCCUGGUGUGGCACAAAACCCUGACUUACCUACAGAAGAGCAGCCCCCCCUGGUGGCAGACUGGGAGCCUGUGCAGGGUCAUGUGGAGGUGGAGGUUCCUGCACCACAGGCCAGACUGGGCUCCAAAAAAUCAUCUGCAGCUCCAGAGGACAUGGAGCAGAUCCAGAAAGAGAGUCCGGAGGAAGUAGAGGUUAAAGUGGAGCCACACGAUAAGGUGGAGCAAGAAGUUAAAGAACAAGACAGUAAGGUGGAGCAAGAGGUUAAGGCAGAACAAGAAGUUAAGGUGGAGCAAAAGGUUAAAGAGGAACAAGAGGUUAAGGUGGAGCAGGAGGUUAAAGAGGAACAAGAUGUGAAGGUGGAGCAGGAGGUUAAAGAGGAACAAGAUGUGAAGGUGGGCAGGAGGAGCAGGAGGUUAAAGAGGAACAAGAUGUGA